AUGCAAUCCACACCAAAAGUGAAGAAAAUUAAUCAACAAAACAAGGAAAAAAAAGCAGUGGAGAGUCCUGAAAAAGCAAAUGAAGACAUUGUGAAUGAAGAGAGUAAUGAUGUUUCAAAUCAGUUCUUGUUGGACAGUGUUCAUGCUGCUAGUACGUUGAGUUUUUGGAAAGAAUGGAGUAUGAUCUCUUCCAACCUCAACACCAAACAUAGGCUGCACAUACUCCCACUGGAUGUGGAGUUUUGGUCGAGGUUACUUGCAGUUACUGACUCUGGGUGGUUACUUUCUUCGGUUCUAUUCCCCAUAAAUGUUGUUGGUACCCAUUGGUUUAUGGCAGUGCUACAUUUAGAUACCUGGAAAGUAGAUAUUUAUGAUUCAACACGAUCCAUGAAUUUCUUCUCAAAGUACCUUACUAGUGGAGAAUUCAAAAGUUUUGGAGAUAGUAUUAUCUCAGAGUUAGAUGCCAUUGAGUUCUGGAAGGACACAAAGACAAAGCAACUGUGGAGUUUAUUGAUAUUGUAG